CGUAAAGCACGCAGUCGCCGAACCGAAGCAGACCGAAGUCGCUCGUUGCGCGCUGCAAAUGGUGGACGGCCUGUCAUCGCCACCGAGGUUUCGCUAACAUCAGGCAGGUUAAAAUGUAUAAGGCACGAGUAAUAUUUAAUUCCCUCACCCCAUUGACCCCUAGGGUCUGUGGGGCAAAAAAAUUCGCAUCGUGGCUGGUGAAAAGUGACCCCAUAUGUAGAAGCAGUCGAGCAUUAGUUUCUGAUCGCUCUGUAAGAUACAAGAGCACAGCUGCUGCUGAACCUUUCCUCAAUGGAAGUACCAGCUCUUAUGUUGAAGACAUGUACAAUGCAUGGCUCAAAGAUCCGAAUAGUGUCCAUAUCUCGUGGGACUCCUUUUUCCGUAGCAGCACAGCUGGAGCUUCACCUGGAUUAGCUUACCAGGCACCACCACAUGCCCCAAGCCACAAUCAAAUCCCUCUUGGGGCUCUAAUGCCUUUAGGAGGUGCAGCAGUUGGUCAGGCUCCAGUGAAUGAGAAAAUAAUCGAUGACCAUCUUGCAGUACAAGCUAUCAUUCGCUCUUAUCAGAUACGUGGUCAUCAUAUUGCUAAAUUGGACCCACUGGGCAUCAACAGCGCUGAUCUCGAUGACAGGCAUCCACAAGAGUUACUCUAUAAUUAUUACUCAUUUGGAAAAAGUCCUCCUACAACUUAUGCCCAAGACCUUCGAAAUCGAGUUGCUGCCCUUACCCAAAAGGAAACGGACAUGGAUCGCGUGUUCAAAUUGCCAUCGACAACCUUUAUCGGCGGCCAGGAAAAGUCCCUGCCACUGCGGGAAAUCCUGUCGAGACUGGAGAACACCUACUGUCGUCACAUUGGCGUCGAAUUCAUGUUCAUCAAUUCGCUGGAGCAGUGCAACUGGAUACGCCAAAAGAUGGAGACGCCAGGAAUAAUGGAAGUAACCAACGAUGAGAAGCGAUUGAUCCUGGCCCGACUGUCGCGCGCCACCAUGUUCGAGGCGUUCCUGGCGCGCAAGUGGUCGUCUGAAAAGAGAUUCGGUCUGGAGGGAGGCGAAAUUCUCAUUCCCGCGAUGAAGCAGAUUAUUGACAAAUCGACCGAGUUGGGCGUUGAAUCCAUCGUCAUGGGAAUGCCGCACAGAGGACGUCUUAACGUUUUGGCCAACGUCUGUCGUAAACCAUUGAAUCAGAUAUUCACUCAAUUCGCCGCUCUCGAGGCCGCAGAUGAUGGAUCCGGUGACGUCAAGUACCAUCUUGGUACAUACAUCGAGCGUUUGAACCGCGUAACGAACAAAAACAUACGUUUGGCGGUCGUAGCGAAUCCGUCGCACUUGGAAGCUGCAGAUCCCGUUGUGCAAGGCAAAACCCGUGCAGAGCAAUUCUAUCGCGGAGACGGGGAAGGCAAAAAAGUCAUGUCUAUGCUUCUGCACGGUGAUGCCGCUUUCUGUGGCCAAGGCGUCGUUUUCGAGACCAUGCACUUGUCUGACUUGCCGGACUAUACGACUCACGGCACCAUCCACAUCGUCGUUAACAAUCAGAUCGGUUUUACGACAGAUCCCAGGCAUUCCAGAUCAUCGCCGUACUGCACUGACGUUGCUCGAGUUGUCAACGCUCCCAUCUUCCACGUUAACGCAGACGACCCAGAAGCUGUGAUGCACGUUUGCAAGGUCGCCGCUGAAUGGCGUGCCACUUUCCACAAAGACGUUGUUAUCGACCUUGUGUCGUACAGAAGAAACGGUCACAACGAAAUUGACGAGCCAAUGUUUACGCAACCUCUUAUGUACCGCAAAAUCAAGGAGACUCCACCAGCCCUGGAAUUGUAUUCCAAAAAGCUUGUGGAAGAGGGCGUCGUUACUCAAGAUGAAGUUAAGGCUGUCAAUGAAAAGUACGAGAAAAUCUGUGAAGAGGCUUACAACCAAGCGAAAAAAGAAACUCACAUCAAGUACAAGGACUGGCUCGACUCUCCGUGGUCUGGAUUCUUCGAGGGUAAAGAUCCGCUCAAGUCUUCACCUACUGGCAUCAAGGAGGACACACUUAUUCACAUCGGCAAGAAAUUCUCGUCUCCUCCUCCGAAUGCUGCUGAGUUUGUCAUACACAAAGGUAUUGAGCGUAUCCUCAAGGCUCGUAUGGAAAUGGUAGAGUCGCGACAGAUCGACUGGGCUCUUGGAGAGGCUAUGGCCUUCGGUUCGUUACUCAAAGAAGGCAUUCACGUAAGGUUGUCUGGUCAGGACGUCGAGAGAGGAACAUUUUCCCACAGACAUCACGUUCUACACCAUCAAAAUGUCGAUAAGGCGACAUACAGGCCUUUGUGCUAUCUCUAUCCAGAUCAAGCUCCUUACACAGUGUGUAACAGCUCUUUGUCCGAGUACGGUGUGCUUGGAUUUGAAUUGGGUUAUUCAAUGACGAAUCCAAACGCAUUGGUCAUGUGGGAAGCACAGUUUGGAGAUUUCAACAAUACGGCUCAGUGCAUAAUCGACCAGUUUGUUAGCAGUGGUCAAGCCAAGUGGGUGCGGCAGUCUGGUAUUGUUAUGUUGCAACCUCACGGUCUCGAGGGUAUGGGUCCUGAGCAUUCUAGCGCUCGUCUCGAGAGGUUUUUACAGAUGUCAGCAGACGAUCCAGACUACUUCCCACCCGAGAGCGAAGAAUUCGCCGUACGGCAGCUUCACGACAUCAACUGGAUCGUUGCUAACUGCAGCACACCUGCCAACCUUUUCCACAUACUGCGCCGACAAAUCGCGUUACCCUUCCGCAAACCUCUCAUUUUGAUGACCCCCAAAUCACUUUUACGCCAUCCUGAGGCUCGCUCAAGUUUCGACUUGAUGUUGGAAGGCACUGAGUUCCAAAGAAUCAUCCCAGAUGAUGGUGUCGCGGCUAGCAACCCCGACAACGUCAAGAGAGUCCUGUUCUGCUCGGGAAAAGUGUACUACGACUUGAAGAAAGCACGUGCGGAAAGAAAAUUAGAGGACAGUGUUGCCAUCACGAGGGUGGAACAGAUCUCUCCCUUCCCUUACGAUCUUCUCAAGAAAGAGGUAGCAAAAUAUCCCAAUGCAGAAUUAAUUUGGGCACAGGAAGAACAUAAAAAUCAGGGAUCGUGGACGUACAUUCAACCGAGAUUCCAAACAGCUCUUAACGGAACGAAACCCAUUUCUCUGGCAAGUACGAGUGCAAGCGAUAACGGUGAGGGGUGGUUGAGCUGGUUUUCUUCAUCCAAACCAACACAAACGAGUACUACAUCCGAAUCAGAUUCGAAAGAACCAUCAAAACCAAAUACGAGAACAAUUAGGUAUGUUGGCCGUCCUACUGCGGCAUCACCAGCUACCGGCAGCAAAAUGCAGCAUCUCAAAGAGUUGAAACAGUUACUGGACGACUCUUUUACUCUUUAAUUUAACCUAGACUCAUAUUGAACGAAAUUUAUUUAUUUUUGUUCUCAACAUUAAUGUUGGUACACUCUUCGGCGCGCUAUAAAUGUUAAAAAAAAAAAAUUUCUGUCAUCUUUCUUCCUUGUUUAAAUAAUUCUCAAAGCGUCUUACUAUUAGAAUGAAAAUCUAACGUGAAACUCGAAAAUCUAAAAAAUGUCUUUGACGCAACGUUAACCAAAUUCUUGGUAAGUCUUAUUACUUUAAGUUUUGUAACUAUGUAAGUAUAGUUAUUAGUUUAUUGGUUAUAUUUGUGAAAUCUCUACAUGUGUCUGUGUUUAAACGCGUUCGAAUUUCGCGUUGGUUUCAUUAGCAAAGUAAAUAUAAUUUUUUUUUUCUGUUCAAAUGUCUAUAAAAGCAAUUUCGUGACAUGUAAUAAAAUCACUUACUAAAGUAUUAUUUUAAACGUAAAAAAAUCCAAGUUCGUAAGAUGAUUGCGCUUGAUCGCGCACACGAUUCCGAUACACUUGAAGAGAUAAUUAACUAUAAAUAGGAAAAAAAAGAAUAUAAAUAAAUAAUAGGACCGCCGAUCGUCUGGAUUUUUUAUGGUUGAUGUGUUUUGUAAAAAAUCGAGCGAUCGGCCAAAUCGAUGAGUGCUAUGUGUAACAGCGGCAUUGUGCCUAAAAAUGGUGGCUCACUUGUAUAAUAAUGUGACAGAUUGAUGAGGAGAUGAUAUAUAUAUUUGCAGUAUACGAUUUAAUAUGUAUUUACUUUGAAAAAAACGCUACGUCAUAUUGGACACUGCACAGACGGCAAAGACGCAGUAUUUCGCUCACGAGUUCCUUAUACACGCGUAAGGUUUUUUCGUUAGCAAGUCUAAUCGAUUAUUUAAGUAAGACAAUUUUUUCCUAUGAAACUGAUGAAAAACCUAAAAUCAUGAAAAAAAAAAAAAAAAAAAAAAAUGUAAAUUUAAAUAGAGAUGAAAAAAAAUAUUACGUACGUUUGAAACGAUGGCGCUAUGACCGUAUCGUUUGUCAUUUCUGGUGGAAACUAGAUGUGAUUUAACGAAAAAAGUCGCACUUAUUUUGAAAGUUUAAUGAAAAAACUUGGUGAUACUUAAUAGAGAAAGAAAGAUUUUAUUGUUCAAUAUGUAUAACACGAUGAAGAUGACGACGAUUUAAUGAUUUGAGGCACGGCUUUUGUCUGGCGAACCGUGUGCAAUACUUACUUAAGCAUACUUGGUGUCACAAAAAAAAAAAAAAAAAAAAAAACAGAAAUCCUCUGGUAAACUUUUAAGCUCUAUCAAUGAAUUAUUGUUUUAUCCAGUAAGAAAUAUGGAAAAAAUUACACUGCACUUGAUUGUAGAAAAUUUCAGUAUGCAAUUAAACUAAUUCUUCCACCAGA